UGACUUAUCAAGUACUUUAUCCAACUGGUGUGGAAAGUGAUCCAAACUAUCCAGAAAUCCACGGGGAUUCAGCCAGCGACCUAUAAAAGGAAAUCUGGGAACCCUGCCUGGCAGCCGUAGCGAGCAGACGUCCGAGCCACGCUCUCCCACAGCACAACGCUGUCAGACGUAUGUCUGGAGUCCAUAGCAGACAACUCGGUACACCGCUCCGCCGUUCGCUUUCGUGUUUGCCACUUGAUACCGAGCUACACCAGGCUUGCCAAUGUUUCUGCCGCACCCUCCCUUGUGUAUCGGGGUCACCCUUUUAGGUUGCUGACUCGCCCUUGGGAAGUGCUGGUCUAAAAGACCUUAAAAAGUCUUAAGACUCAAAAUAGUCGCUUAGACUCUAAACAACCUAACCUUGUCUUGCCUCCUGGCUGGUUGGCAGUGCCAGACGUACGCCCACACGGAGACGGGGAGUGACCCCUCGUAUAUGCUGGCGUGCGCCUGGACCUGUGGGCCAACGGGCGCCAAUUGGCCUCCCACUCUGCCUCCCUCUCAUUUUUUCCUUUAGUCCUUCGGGGACAGCUGGCGAUACUCCUGGGGAGGCACUGAUCGCUCUGCCCUCUCCCCCACGAGUGGGUACCAGUGACUAAACUGUUUUUUUUUUCUCCGUCUUUUACACGGAGCUGACCUUUAUGCUGCACGCAGCAACUCUAUAGGGAUAGGAAAAGACUCUUAAGAGGCCUUGGUGGGUUUCUCUGCGACGCCCUUUUAGCAGGGGGGGAGAACGAAGGAAACCACCAAAGUAGGCAGGAUUUAAUAUCAUGUGUAAAUUCCAUUUCUCUUCUAUCUCCUAGACAACUUCUCUUCUCUAUCCUUAAGCUUUAAAGGGAGAAAAAAAAAAAAAAAAAAAAAACAACCACAUCAACUCAAAAUCAGUUGUACUACUACCAAGUCGGGUCAAGGCCCUAACAGAAUGAAAAAUGCCGAGGGUUAAAAUCAAAGCACCAAACCCCAGGGACUCGUGGAAGAAAACAGCACUCCUCGCCACCCUAUCUAAACAUGACAUCUACAUAAACGAUAUAAUUCCCCUACAAGAUGGAUAUGUCAUCGUACUGUCAGAUGAAGACCAGGACAAGCUUUUUCAAGACCGAGUAAAAGAGGACCUGAACAAAAACGACUUCAAUACCAUCACUCCUCCAGAAUUGAAGGCAAAAAGAUCCAUCAUCGCUUUCAAUGUCAACCCCCACAUCUUCAGCAACGGAGAAGAGGAGAUGAUUGCUGAACUGUACGAACACAAUGACUGGUUAGCAAACAACAUUGAGAGCCUCUUCAAGUUUCCCAACUCCAGGAACAUAAAAAUAACCUUUAACCAAGCAAUACACGCCCUCAAAGCGCAACAACAUGGACUGAAGCUUUUCUCAAUGAAAAUGUCGAACCACCAAAUACAACAAGAAAAAUUCUACAGUGUAAAAACUUGCUUCCGUUGCUACAUGAUCGAGGACCAUCUUACCAAAGACUGCCCACAGAGCCCCGACUAUAAGAUCUGUUCUGAGUGCACUGAGAGGGGACACACAUGGCGACAAUGUACACAAGAAGAAAAGAAAUGUAUCAACUGUCAGGAAAAUCAUCGCACUCUCUCAAUGAAAUGCAAAAUAAGGAAAGAAGUAAUUAAGAAGAAAAGACAAGAGGAAAAGGAAAAACUUACAUAUGCCCAGACAACCAAACCCAACACCACAACAGCUACCCAGUACACAGGACCAAUUCAAAUAAGCAGACAAUCCCAUCUUCAAAUCUACUCAUGCAUGAUCCACGCCCACCUAAUGAAUGUCAUGGAACCCGGUAGUUACGAGAAGGAGCUUAAUGCUACACUUACAGACAACAACCUACCUACAAUUAAAAUAACCAAAACCCCAAAUUCUGCCAAACUCCUAUCUAUCCUAACACAAAUAGAAACGCAAGAGAGAGUCAUGGAAACGGAAGAAAACACACCACCCACUUCGACUACACUACAACAUCAUCAGCAACAACAAGAACAACUACAACAAAAACAACAACAACAACAACAACAACAACAACAACAAGUCAGACAUACACAAGAAAGUACUGCUACAUACCAAGAAUCACAAGAAGAAAUAAACACCCAAGUAGAAAGUACAAGAAACUCACUCCAUUGCAAAGACAUACACCUCGAGUUCUACAGCAAAAUUAGUAAAGGAUGGCCAAAACACAUAACAGUAGACAAACUCAUGAAAGGAAUAGAAGAUGGAAUCUAUAAAUUCACUUACAAUGAGCCACUAAUCCAGCCCCACGAAUUAAUGAGACACAUAAAAAAGGGUGACAUUACACUCGAAGAAUGUUGGAACACCGUUGAUGACGGUGUUUUUCGUAAAAUAAGACACGGCCAAUCUGACGAAAGGACACCACCAAAAAGACAACAAAAACCUAAAAACUAAACAGCACAGCGCCUACCAACUACACAAACACACACUACAACAUGGCCCCUUGCACCAUUAACAUAAUUCAACACAACGUACAACAAUGGCAAAAUAGAAGAAUAUCAUUGUCCAACACAUACCGUUCACUAGAUGCAGACAUUAUCUUAAUAAAUAGUCACUGUAUGCACGAUGACUUCCCCAUGAGGAUAGCUGGAUACAAUAUACACAAAAAAUACACUCAAUAACCCCGCAGAUGGCACAGCAAUAGCAGUAAGGAAAAAUAUAGUAUAUACGCUGAUCGAUAAUUUCUUAUCAGAUUUACUCGCAAUAGAGGUAUCAACACACACAGGAAAAAUCAUAAUAGCCACUCUAUACCAGCCCCCAGCAAGAAACUUU